AUGCCGAAUACCCAUACCCUGCAGGCUCAGUCCGUUUAUAGCAAUCAGCAUAUGAAAACUGUUAAACUAGAAUGUUCGUCUAAUUCAAAAUAUUUUUACGACAACCACUCAUGUCGCCUGAAAGCAGUAAAUCGUUUUAAGUCGGUUGGUAUGAUGCAUUUUUAUCCACGUGAUCCACUGCAUUCUAUAUCGUUUAAUAUGGCCUUAUACAUGCGUAAUGAUGCCAAUAUUUUUAAGCCACAUAUUGUUAAUAUAACAGUGAACUUGUGUAACAAUUACGAUAGUAGAUCAUCAGGAAUAUAUAAAGCUGUAGUAAUGAAAGUUUUGAAGCAGUUUACUAACCUCAAUCAUUCGUGUCCCUAUGAGGGUGCUUUAGUAGCAAAAAAUCUUUACUUGGACGCAAAUUUAAUACCGAUACGGAUGGCCAAAAAGUCCUAUAUGGCUAAACUACUUUUUUACAAAGGCAUUCGCAAAGUAGUCGAUCCACUAAUGACUGUGAAAUUGUAUAUGGAUUUAAUUGAAUCUAAUCACUGA